GGGAGACCGGCACGCUGGGACGGCGGGCAUCUGCGGGCACCGGGCGGAGGCGCGGCGGGCGAGGAGGGGUGCGGGCGGUGGCGGGCGCCAGCGCCAGCGCCAGCGCCAUGAACGCCACGGUGGUGCGGCGGACGCAGGAGGCUCUGGGCAAGGUGAUCCGGAGGCCGCCGCUCACCGAGAAACUGCUGAACAAGCCGCCGUUCCGCUACCUGCACGACAUCAUCACCGAGGUGAUUAGGAUAACUGGCUUCAUGAAGGGCCUCUACACAGAUGCUGAGUUGAAGUCAGAUAAUGUCAAGGAUAAAGAUGCAAAAAUCAGCUUCCUACAGAAGGCCAUAGAUGUGGUCAUGAUGGUCUCAGGAGAACCCUUGUCAGCAAAACCAGCUAGAAUUGUGGCCGGGCAUGAACCUGAGAAAACCAAUGAGCUGCUUCAGUUGAUUGGCAAGUGCUGCCUUAACAAGCUCUCCAGCGAUGAGGCAGUGAAGAGAGUCUUAGCUGGGGAUAAGGGGGACCCGAGAGGACGGACCUUACGGACCUCCAAAGCACAUGAGACUGAUAACAAGAAUGUGAAGGAAGAAGAGUCCAGAACUCAUAAAGAUGAUAAAAGAAACUCCGAGGUGAAGGAGAGAAGCACAAGCGAAGAGCACAAACAGAAGGAAGAACUGAAAGAAGAAAACAGACCCCGGGAGAAGGAGAGGGACAAGGAGAAGGCAAAGGAGCCUGACAGAGACCGACACAGAGACCCUGAGAAGGACAAAAACAGAGAAGGAGAUCGAGAGAAAGCCCGGACACGCACCAAGCAGGACAGGGACAGAAGCAACAAAGACAGAGACAGAGAGGCAGAAAGGGACAAGGAGAGGGACAGGAGGGGUGAGGGGGGCAAAGAAAAAGAGAGGAUGAAGGACCGAGACCGUGACAAGGGAAAAGACCGGGAGCGGCGGAAAGCAAAGAAUGGGGAACAUUCUCGUGACCCUGACAGGGAGAAAAGCAGAGAUCCAGACAAGCCAGAGAAAAAGUCAGCAAGCUCAGGGGAGAUGUCUAAAAAGUUGUCAGAUGGAAAUUUCAAAGAUGCCAAAGCAGAGAUGGAGGCUGAGGUUUCUGUGGGAGCAUCCAGGUCCUUGACAUCAAAAACGACAAAACGGAGAUCUAAGAACUCACUGGAAGGAAGGAAAGAGGAUAAUAUUUCAGCUAAGAUUUUAGACUCCAUAGUGUCGGGACUAAAUGACGAACCAGAUCAGGAAACGGCAACUUCAGAAAUAGAUGAUAACUCAGCUAGUCUGUGGCGGGAGAACGCUGAGCCAGAGCCAGCAGUAAAACAGAAAGGCGACUCCCCCAGUGACGCAGAAGGAGACGCUGGACCUAUUGGCCAGGAUAAACCUGAGGUGUCAGAGAAUGCCGAAGUCCCCAGUGAACUUCCCUCCAAUCUCAGGAGAGUACCUCGGCCUGGAAGUGCACGACCAGCACCUCCCAGGGUCAAACGACAAGAGAGCACUGAGACGCUGGUGGGAGACAGGUCAGGAAGUGGUAAAACCGUCUCCAAUGUGAUCAUCGACUCACAGAACUCUGACAAUGAAGAGGAUGAACAGUUUGUGGUGGAAGCUGCCCCUCACCUUGCAGAAAUGUCAGAAAUUGAGAUGGUGCCGGCAGGGGACCUGGAGGAUGAGGAGAAGCACGGAGCGCUCACUCCUCUUUGAGUCAGCAUGGAAGAAGGAGAAGGACAUUGUUUCCAAGGAGAUAGAGAAGCUCAGAGUGUCCAUCCAGACCCUGUGUAAGAGUGCACUUCCCCUGGGAAAGAUCAUGGACUACAUCCAGGAGGACGUCGACGCCAUGCAGAAUGAACUGCAGUUGUGGCACAGUGAGAACAGGCAGCACGCUGAGGCCCUGAGCAAGGAGCAGAGCAUCACGGACAGUGCGGUGGAGCCCCUGAAGGCAGAGCUAUCUGAGCUGGAGCAGCAGAUCAGGGACCAGCAGGACAAGAUCUGUGCUGUGAAGGCCAACAUCCUGAAGAAUGAGGAGAAGAUCCAGAAAAUGGUGCACAGUAUCAACCUGACGUCACGAAGGUGAACAGCCAGCCCUGCGGAGAUGGAGCCGUCUUCCUCAUGAUGGGAGAAGGGGAAGGAGACAGACAUUCUGCCCCAGUCUGCUGAGAGCAUGGACUGCAGAUGCCUGGACCCAGCUAAAGUCAGAGCUUUCGGUUUAGGCACUAAACUUAUUAAAAGGCUGUGUUUUUUUACUUCCAGCUGCAGUACUUGCUACUUUAGUUUUCAGCUUGCCUUUGUGGGAGGGCUUAUUUCUCUGGGUUUUUUUGUUUGUUUGUUUGUUUGUUUGUUUUUUUCUUUUUUGGCAAAUGUUUUCUGCUGCAGCCUGUUUAAUCCUGUACCCAAAGUUUCUAGCAGGUAAGUUGUGUCAUGCUACUGGGGAAACUGCAGGCCUUUAUUCUGCUUCUGAGUCUCCCAGAAGGACUUCCUACCAGCACCGAGCAAAGGGUGACUGUGGACUUUGUGGUGUGUACUUUACAAAUAGAAAGAGAACAAGGCCUCAAACGAUUAAUUUCACUUUCAUUUCUACCUGAAAGGGGUAUUCCAGCCGGUGUCCUUGAAAGGUGCCUGUCACCUGUGCAGGGUUUCUGCCCUUACUAUCAUACCUGCAUCUUCCUGCAGUCUCUCAUGGCCCUGCCGUCUGCCUUCCUGGCAGUUCAUAUGCUGAAAAUCAGUCUGCCCUUCACGGAUCCAUCUGAUGGGAAACUGUCGCUGUUCACCUCCUUGGCUUUCUUCAGCCUCCAGGGUUCUUCUGGUGGAUAAGCAGUCCCCCAGGCCUCCUAGGACUUUGUAACAUGAAGGGCAGCACAGCCCUUUUCUUCUGUGUAGGUGUGUGCACUGAGAGCUGGGAGAGAGGGAGACUGCAAGGAAGACAGCAUACCAAUUCACAGUUGCGUUUGUUUUCCUUUUCUAAAGGUCCUUUUUUUUUAAAGCAUAGUUUUUAUGGUUUAUAUUCAGUUUUCGCCAACGUAAAAUACUGUAAAUACUUAUAAAGGUCUUGAAUUAUUGUCUAAAGGAUCUCAGGCUUUGGAGAUGUUCUUGUGGCUUAAGGUCUGAGAUGGUCCUUACGUUUCUGAGUAUUUAUUAUGUUCACGAAGGCGAGCCCUGAGCACAUUGUUUCCUGAAGGCUUGCACAUGUGGCACAGUUACUGUUUCUCAGUCAGUGAAAAGCAGCGGCCCAGCCCUCAGCCUGGGGCUGUUGCCACAGUGUGGAGACUCCUUCAGUGGGUAGUCUUUCUCCUGGCUGAAGCACACCACACUUCUCUCCCACCCAGAUCCUUCUGAAUAGUUUGAGGGGGAUGGGAAGGGAAGGCUUGUAGUCAACUAGUCUUUUUUAUGUUGAUAAUCUCUUUUCUACUAAAGUGAAUGGCUUAGCCAUAACUGUAAGUGGACCCUCUGUAGCCCAAGUUAAGACAUAUAUAUAUUCAUAACCUUUUAUGAAUUUGUAUAUAUGAAUAGAAUUUUUAUGUUGCAAAAAUUACAUACAUUGUAUGUGAGUAAAUUUUAUAUGCUGUAGUCUAUCAGAUUGUAUCAUAAAGUUUUAUUUUUCUUUUUUACAUAAAUCAUUAAAAUAAUCACCUAUUUUUCCUAUAA